AUGACCAGUGGCUCUUCUAUAAAGGAAGGAUCUCCUAUUAUCAAGGAUUCUGGCCAGGAAAACAACUAUGGUUCUACAAGCGAUAAUGUAUCUACCUCUAGUACUCAAGAUGAUCAAAUCACUAUAACUUUGAAGCCAACUUCUGAGGAUGACCACCCAGAUCUUACAAAGUACAUGGGAAAGGCCUCCUUAUCAGUCUUGGUUACCUGUUUAUGCACUGGUUGCUUCUUGUCUGCCAUGGACUCUUCAAUUGUAACCACAGUCUUCAAUGAAAUCGGCACAGAGUUUAAAAACUCCAACUUAUCUGUCUGGAUUAUGACAUCUUAUAUGCUCAGUACUUCUGCCGUACAGCCUUUGUAUGGAAAGCUGUCGGAUAUAUUUGGUCGUAAAAACACAUUGGUCGCAAUCCUAUUGUUCUUUUUGAUUGGAUCUUGGUUAUGUGGUGCAGCCAGAACUAUGUUGGAGCUGUCAAUCGCAAGAGCUAUUGCAGGUCUUGGCGGUGGUGGGUUGAUGACAAUGGCCUCGGUUGCAAUCCAUGACCUUGUACCAAUGAGAAGUAGAGGACAAUACCAAUCAUAUGUAAACAUGGCUCACACCGUUGGUGCUACAGUGGGCGCACCUUUGGGAGGUCUUAUCAACGACAUGUUUGGAUGGCGUUAUUGUUUCUACCUAAACUUGCCACCAUGUUUAGUGAUCCUGUAUAUCUAUGUCUACAGACUAGAGAACUACAACCUUGCGGUCUCAAAGUCAAAUGAACCUCUGAGCGAAAAGAUGAAGAACGUUGAUUUCGUGGGAGCACUUAUACUCCUCACAGCCAAUGUCACGUUUGCCACGGGUGUUUCAUUGGGUGGAAACACACAUCUUUGGAGCGAUCCUUUUAUUGUCGCACUCUUGGUCAUUGCCGGAAUAUCCUUUGUUAGCUUUGGAUUUUACGAGUUCUAUGUGGCCAAAAAGCCAUUGGUUUCUCGUGAAUUGAUCAGAAACAGUAAUCUGGUUUCUGUGGUCCUCAAUAACCUUUUCUUGUGUUCGGCUACUAUGGGUAUCGGUUAUUUGGUCCCUCAGUUCUUUAUGGGUGUAUUGGGUUAUAAUGCUUCUUCAGCUGGUCUGUGGGUACUUCCUAGAACUGCCAUGGUAACUAUUGGAUGUUGGGUUGCUGGUCGUUACUUGGCUGUCACUGGCCGCUACAAAAAAUAUAUUGUGGUCUUUUCGGUCGUAAAUGUGGGAGCCACGGUAUCCCAUUUCCUUUGGACCUCUACUACUCCAAUGUGGGUUCAAUUUUUAAGCAUGAGCGUAGAAGGCUAUUGCUUUGGAACACUCUUUGUAGCCACCAUGGUAGCUCUUGUAGCAGACAUUUCUCGUACAGAAAAUGCUUCUGCCACGUCCAUGAUGUUCUUGUGCCGAAGCACUGGUUGGUUGACCGGAAGUACUGUGACGGCUGCUAUUCUUCAAGCCAAUCUCAAGAAGAAUUUGACUGCUUCUAUCAAAGGUCCUGAUGCACCAAAGAUUAUCGAGUUUGUACGCACUUCGAUUACAAAGAUCCGCACUUUGCCUCCAGAUAUCCAGAUUGUUGUUCUUGCUGCCCUUGAAAAAUCUAUCCAUGUUACCUUUUGGUAUGCUAUUGUCUGUUCGUCUCUGUGCUUCUUGGUGACAUCUUUGUUUAUGAAAGAUUGUCACUUGAGCUCAGGAAAGAGCAAAUAA